AUGUUUAUCCCUUCGCUAUUCAUCUUUUCACUUCUCUUUGCCUCCUCUCAGGCUUCAGUGGUCGACUUCUGCGUUGCAGACCUAUCGUUGCCCAAUGGACCUGCAGGCUAUUCUUGCAAGAAACCUUCUACUGUCACAGAGAACGAUUUCGCAUACUCAGGCCUAGUUCCCGGAAACACAUCCAAUAUCAUCAAAGCUGCCGUGACCCCGGCUUUUGAUGCCCAAUUUCCCGGUGUCAACGGCCUUGGCAUUUCCAUUGCGCGGAUAGACCUGGCCGUAGAUGGUGUAAUACCAAUGCACACACACCCUGGGGCAUCAGAAAUCCUCAUUGUCAUCCAGGGGACAAUCUGCGCAGGCUUCAUAUCGUCUUUUGACAACGUUAUCUACCUCAAAACCCUUUACAAGGGAGAUGUUAUGGUAUUCCCACAAGGAUUAUUGCACUUCCAAAUCAAUUCUGGCACCACCACUGCUCUAGCAUAUGCUAGCUUUGGCAGUGCUAAUCCAGGUCUUCAAAUCGUAGACUUUGCUUUCUUUAAGAAUAAUUUGCCAACUGAAUUGUUGGCCAAGACAACUUUCCUUGAUAUUGCUCAAAUCAAGAAACUUAAGGCUGUUCUUGGUGGCACUAACUGA